GGGAAUUUUGAGUAGCUUUCAGUUGGUUUUGAAACGUUCGUCAGUGUGAUAUUUGACUUGAACGUUGGUGGUUUAGUUGGUUUCUUGCAGUACAGCGACUAAUAAUUUCUUUAACUCUUCCGUUCCAAUUAGUGCUAAAUUGAACCGUUCUUUCCUCGUUGAACGCAGGAUAAUUGUACAUUAGAACCCAAAAUGGCUGCACCUGCAUUAAAAGAUCUUCCAAAAGUUGCUACAGACCUUAAGACUCAACUAGAAGGAUUUAAUCCUGACAAAUUGAAGAAUGCUGAUACCCAGGAAAAAAUCGUUUUACCCACAGCGGAAGAUAUCGAAAGUGAGAAACAACACUUGUCAUUAUUGAAGGGGGUAGAGAGCUUCGACGCAAGUAGUCUAAAGCCAACUGAGACAAAUGUUAAAAACGUUCUACCAACUGCUGAAGAUGUUGCCACAGAGAAAACUCAGCAAACAUUGAUCGCCGGCAUUGAAAAAUUUGAUACAUCAAAGCUUAAGCAUGCAGAAACUCAGGAGAAAAUCGUUUUGCCAGAUAAAACAGCUAUUGAAGAAGAAAGAGGAAAACAACAAUUAUUUUCGGGAAUUGAAAACUUCGACGCAUCGAAGCUAAAGCACACUGAAACAUGUGAGAAGAACCCACUUCCAACCAAAGAAAUUAUCGAGGAAGAGAAGAAAGCAUAAAUGGGGUUUGUGACCAUUCUACGAUCACACCUAAUGUCUUAUUUUAUACUUAAAGUCUCCUAAUGGGAUGAAAGAAAAUGCUAUGUGUCAAAAAUGAAAGCAGAAUCUAAAGGAAGUCUUAUUUAUAAGCACAAAAAGUGGAUUGAAGAACGCAUUAUUCUCGUCCUGUUCAUUAUUAUUUAACGGAUAUUAUACUAUACCAUUACGGAAUGACAAUUUCACAUUAUUUCGCAAUUUUUUUAAAUAUAAAAAUUAAAAUUUAUGAGAAAUAUCGAUUUCUAAUAAAAGUCCCUUUUUACUCGGUAUCUUUGUUUAAAUAAUUCCUUUUCGGGUUUCUUACGAAAUUGAAUAUUGAGUGUAACACAUGCAUAUAAGCGACUAGGAUUUUAUUUUCGCAAGAAAAAGAUUCUAUUUUCUUCAUGCAGGACAUAUCUAUGUAGUGAACAGACUACGUCAGGUAUUUUUGUAAUGCAGUGAAUAGGAGAAACCCAGGAACACUAACCUAUACACCGAAAACUAUUCGCGUACUGAGUGUAUGACCUAACUACGCACCUUAUCCACUGUCAUAUAAAGAUUUUUUCGAUAUUUCAUAUAGUCAAAAAACCAUAGACCCAUCUCGAAGAGCAUGGUUAAUAAACGAAAUACAAUAAAAUAUUCCUUAGUCACAAGAAAAAUAUGGAGUAGUAAGACAUCGAUGUGAUUUAAUUUUUUAUAUUUAAGAUGAGAAAAUCUUUUAUAAGCUUUUUAUAUAAUAAAAACGCGAGAAAUUUUAAA